UAAAAAUAAAAAUAAAAAUAAAAAAAUUAAAUCCUGGUUUGAUUGAUUUACGUUCAGAUCUCAAGCAUGAUCGAUCUCGUCGGAGAAGGAUAGGCGAAGAAGAGAAAGAAGAAAAAAAUCGAAUAAUAUUUCCAUUUUGGUGAUGACGAUACGCAUUCCGUGAACCUUGUGGCGUAUUGUAUUCGAUGGCGUCCUCCAGCACCGGCAACAAGAUCCACGCUGAUGCCACUGACGACGAACUCACCGAACAAGAAGAAGAAGAAGAGGAAGAACUCGAGCACUUUGAUGAUUUCACUCUCGCGUCUUCGUGGGAACGGUUUAUUUCUGAAAUAGAGGCAGUUUUGCGGCUUUGGAUGUCUGAUGGGCCAAAUAAUUUAUUGGAAAAAGGUGCAGUUCUGUUGGAGGAUUCUGGUAAUUUGUACAAGGUGAAGUCUGAGAUGAAGUAUGCCAUGAAAAAUUACUGCAUGGAGUUCUAUUUCAAGACCGACCCUGAUGUUGAUGCAGGAAAACUUGCGGACUGGAAUUUUGAUUUGCACGAUCUGCAGUUAUGUUAUGGUGUUAAGGAGUUUUUGGUGAUUGCUCCUCAGAGUGCAAGUGGCGUGGUUCUCGAUGCGCCAGAGGCUAGCAAGCUCUUGAGUGCUAUUGCAAUUGCUUUGUCUAAUUGUUCAAGUUUAUGGCCAGCAUUUGUUCCAGUUCAUGAUCCAUCUCGGAAAGCUUAUAUUGGAAUUCAGAGCAUGGGUACUGUAUUUACUAGAAGGUUUGAAGCAGAUCGAAUUGGUAGUCAGGUUCCUGUAAAACUUAUGCAUUUGGAAGGGCUGUACGAGUUAUUUGUAUCUAAGUUUGCCUACUCCACAUUGGAUCUAUCUGUUCAUAAUUUCAAAGUCCGAUUUGCAAUGAAGCUAACAUUCAGAACACCUCCCUAUGAUGAAGAUGCCAAAAUUACCAAAUAUGAAGAAAAUCUUACUGGUGAAGUGUCCAGUGGGACGCAGUGGGAUGAUGAUUGUUCUUGGAGCCAGUGGUAUUCUGCAGAAGAUCCUGUUAAAGGUUUUGAACUGAUUGCAAUAUGGUCAGAGAAAAUGAUUGAAAGUUCUAUGGAAAUGGCUGAACUGGAAAAUGAUUCACCACAUGAAGCUGAAAAGUGGCUGAUCUCUCUAAGACCUGAAGGUUCCAGUGGGAAUCGGAUUGGAUUUGCAUCUGAGUUGCGUCUUCUGGUUGAUGCAUUGGAAAUGUCAUUCGAGGCACAAUUUAUGGAAGAUUUUGUUUCAGCAGUUGAAAAUCCAGGUUCUGAUAAUUUAAAAUCCUCAAUGGUUAUACCUCCACCAACAGUUAGAGACCGUGUGCUGAAAGAACUGUUUAUUGAGGGUGUACAAUUCUCAGAUUUUGCUGAUAGUGGACAUAAGACUUCUCGAGCUAUAAAAGGCGCACCUCUUGGAUCUCUCUUUGCACAAUUUUGUUUACAUUCUCUUUGGUUUGGCAACUGCAAUAUACGUGCUAUUGCUGUGCUAUGGAUAGAGUUUGUUCGAGAGGUUAGGUGGUGUUGGGAAGAGUCGCAACUAUUGCCCAGGAUGCCAGCUAAUGGAUCAAUUGACCUUUCCACUUGUUUGAUUAACCAGAAACUUCAGAUGAUUGCAAUAUGCAUUGAGAGGAAGUGUCAGCUGAAUGAAGACUAUCAAGAUUGUAUUGGAAGCUUGGAUCAAAUGGAUUCCAUGAGUGAGGAUGAAAGUGUAGCCGGGGAUGACUCGCACAGUAUACAGACACCUAGUGAGGAUUUUUCUGGGAAAGUUGACAGAAAGCCUGAAGUGGUGGACCUGUUGAAUGACAAAAAUCCUUCAGACUUGACCAGGAGAGGUUCUGCUGGUAUUGUUGAUUCUAUGAUGCUUCUCAAGUCACGUCAAAGUAUGCAUGCCCCAUAUACACAGGAACCACCACUUAUGACAGAAGACAUGCAUGAAGAGCGGCUCAAGGCUGUUGAAGCCUUUGGCGAUUCAUUUAAUUUCUCUGCUCAGCUGGAAAAAGAUAUCUUAACUUCAGAUAUGUCAGCAUUUAAGGCAGCAAAUCCAGAUGCUGUCUUUGAAGAUUUUAUUCGGUGGCAUUCACCUGGGGAUUGGGAAGAUGAUAAGGAUCAAGAAGGAAUUAAAUCAUCAACAUCCAGUGCUCUUGACAUUAAGAAGUCAAAAGAAAGUUGGCCUCCACGAGGGCGGCUUUCCAAGAGAAUGUCUGAGAAAGGAAAUUUAUGGAGAAAGCUUUGGAAUAGUGCACCUGCUCUUCCCGCUUCUGAACAAAAGCCUCUUCUUGAUCCAAAUAGGGAAGGAGAAAAAGUUCUUCAUUAUCUUGAAACUCUAAAACCACAUGAUUUGCUUGAGCAAAUGGUGUGUACUGCCUUCAGAGCAGCAGCCGACACACUAAGUCAGACAAGUUAUGGAGAACUGAAACAGAUGGAGACUGAGAUGCAGCAGCUAUAUCUUACCAUGACAUCCGCUUUGAGGCCUUUGCAAGUUAAUCGCUUGUCUGCAGACAGUGAGACUUUUGAAAACUUAAGACGACUAAGUGUUGCUUUUGAACAAGUUGAGAAGUUAUUGGCUCUUGCAGCUUCCCUUCAUCGCAAGCUUAUACAAGCACCACGCCUCAGCAGAGAAAUUUUCACCGAUUACUACAAUUUCUAUAUUCAAACUACGGGAAAGAGCUUGGCAGAGGACAUUGGCGAAAAGGAGUUUGACAAUAAACAAGAAGUAAAGGAGCAUGAGAGGGAAGUGUUGUCAAAUAUGUUUGUUCCUCCAACCGCUAACCAGUCUUGGAGAAAGGUUUUGAGCAUGGGCAAUCUUCUGAAUGGCCAUGAACCAACCGUGAGGGAGAUUAUUUUUUCGCUGCGUGAUAGAGUGAAUGGUAAUCACUAUGCAGCUCGUAGUGGUAGUGUUUCUCAACAAGAAAUUGAAACUUACAGAAUGUACAUAUGUGGGACGUCUAAUGACCUACGUGUAGCACUUUCUGUUGUCUCUUGUGAUUAAUUUCAUGGUGUUGUUUAUUACAAUUAUGAUUAUGAUUUUUAGGAAUCAGUCACAUAUUGCAUCUGGUCCUCUAAUUGAAUCGAUAGCUAAACCUCCUCCCAAAAAGUGGAUCCAACCCUAAUAUGGAAAGAGGUUGGCUGAGUUCUAAGAAAGGGGGUCGAAAUGUAAUUGAAACUUAAUAAACACUUCGUAUUCAUUUUUGUACCUAAACUGGAAGCUUUUUUCUUU